AUGUCAGAAUCUUCAAAGGUGGACUGGAGUUUGGCUGACGGACAUGGCUACGUGUUGGGAGAUCGUAGCCAUAUCGCAGCCUGUCGUCUCAAUCUCCAGUAUUAUCUUUGGAAGGAAGCCCUUCAAUUUGUGGUACACCCUUCAAUUCAAUUAUCCAAUGAAAGCGUUGUUGCAGAUGUGGCGACAGGUACCGGCGCCUGGCUUCUGGAUGUUGCUCGCGACUUUCCGCAAGCUCAACUCCACGGCUUCGACAAUGAUGUGCGCCAAGCCCCCCACAAAAGCUGGCUACCUUCAAAUGUGUCUGUCAGGCACUGGGAUAUCUUCACAGAUUUGCCAGACGAUAUGGUUGGAAAAUACGACUAUGUUCACGUGCGGCUACUUGUACUGGUUCUUAACGGCAACCCCCAGUCUUUUAUUCAGAAGCUCUUGACGAUGUUGAAACCUGGAGGAUACUUGCAGUGGGACGAGUUAGAUUGUGUUAACAUGCACGUCAAGAAAUCCAAUCCCGAGCUCCAAACGCCGGCUCUAGAGCAGAUCAGAGAAAUGUCAUGGGCAAAUGGCAGGCACGACUGGACGGUGAAAUUGCCAGACUUUCUGCAAGAAGCAGGUUUCCAGGAUGUGAAAAUGCAGUACUUCGGGGAUGAAGAUCGUCUGACCAGAGCUUUCAACGAGCAACAUCUCCUAACAAUGGAUGAGUUUGCGUCUAGUUUAGUGAAGAUGGGGAAGGUAGACGCGGCAAACAAGUUUUAUGAGCUGAUACAGCAGGGAUAUCAGGAGUCUACAGUGGGCGCGGCUUUAUGUAUUCCUAGAAUCGUGUGCGUUGCGAAGAAGCUUUAG